AUGGUAACUAUCAAAGAAGUAAAAGUAACAAAAAUAGACGGAGAAAACAUAGAAAUCGAUGGAGUUAGAAUAACAAUUGAUGAAUAUAAUCGCACUCUAAACAACAAAGAUGACAAGGAUGAAAUUGAAUAUGAUAAAUUAGUCAACGAGAUAGAAGGAAGUAUCACGGAUGAAGAUGGAGAAUAUCUUCCUGACCAUGUCCAAAUUGAAGAGUCUAAAAAAGUUAGAUAUACGGAUUAUGCCCUUUGGAAAGAAUGUAAACGGAGACUUGAAUCGGAUAGAAAAAAUCUAAAAGGAACUACAACGAUUUUCAAAGCAAACCAACCUUAUACUGGUGCCCCAGGCGAUGAUGAAGCUAAAAUCCAAGAUAUCGUUAGAAAAAAUAAUGCUGCUUUACAACAUAAUUUAGAUUUACACCGAGCCACUUUACCUUUUUUACGGAGUUUAAUCAGCAAAAAAGUAGAAAUUGGGCAGGGAUUAGGCACACCCCUAGUUAAUCCGGAUGCUGACUUAAAUCGCGAAGAAAAAGGUAAAAGACAUAAGCAACUUAAUUCCUGUCGGGAUGAGGCUUAUCAAGCCAUCGACCAGGCUUUGAAUGAAGAACCGACUAUUGCCAAGGGUGAUUAUGACUCAGAAUUGGAAGAUAUUCGCACCGCGAUUGACGAAGGAGCAGUAAACCGAGUUAAAGAAUGGGUUUUAGCCGACAUUAAAAAGAAAAGAGAUGCAAUAAAGUCCAAUGAUAAAGGCAAUCCCGACCACAAAAGAAAAAGAGAAGAAGAUAAUAUUCCUGAUAACGCAAAAAAACCUCGUCUGGAUGCCAAUGAGACUAAAAGUGUCGCCGAGUUAAGAAACAAAACCAUUGAGGAAAUAGAUAAUAAUAGUUUAGCCACUGCUAUCAAAGUUGCUACCCAAUUAGAAGGAGAAAAGGAGUACCAAAAAGAUACUGAAAAAGUGAAGUUGGCCGAAGAAGAGUUAAUAAAAAAAGAUCCACGCUUGUAUAUGCAAACCAUAGUUGAUGCCAUCAAAGGUCGCCUAGAAGAUGCGGGGAUUAAGGUGGAUGUUAGAUACGACCUAAAUAAUGGUGAUGAAAACGUAGUAAGCGGGGAGGGAAUAGAUGAAGAAAUAAAGAAAAAUUACAAAAUAUUGUUGGAUUGUCAAGAAGGAAAAGGAAAAUAUAUCGGUUAUAAUUUUGAUGGCAUGGAGGAACGUUUGCAAGAUUUUCAAGCCAGCAAAGUUAAACUAAUCAAAAAAAUUGGUGAACAAGCCAAAAAAAAGGUUACUGAGAAAGUAAAAAAAGAUAUAAAAACACUUCAAGAGCAGUUCAAAAGUUUCAAAUCAGGGGCUAAUGCUUAUCUCGAUAGUUUUUAUCAAAAGGAUAAAGAAAAAAUUGAUAAAUUGGAAAAUGAUUUAGUUAAUUCCUUGUCUACCAACCAAACUGAUUCGCCAAAAAAAACUCC